ACCUUUCUUUACUGCCUCGCAGAUUAGUACCAGUGAUCUACUGUAUCGCUCUCUCGCAUCGCGUAGCUGUGGCGUCGCACUUCAAUCUCGGCAAUCUAGGGCACUUGGGCACCGCGUCGCGGGCAGUGAACCCCUCACGGUGCCUCGUAGCGCUCGAAACGCUCCUCGGCCGAGACGAGUCAGUUUCGACUCUCGUCCUAGUGGAGUUCCCGUUCCCAAUCGUAAACCCUCCGGAGUAGCGGCGACAGGUAGUGCUGACGUCAGAUAAUGCGGACGUUAGGUAGUUCUGACGUCAGGUUGUGCUUCUGACCAGCACCGCGUCGUCCGUCGGUCGAUUCGAAUCUCAGUAGGAUAACUGUCUCUGCGAAUCUCCGAGCUUUCCUCCAUCUUUCGUCAAUCUUUCGUUGGCUUUCGUCCAUCAGUCGUUCUCAUCUCAGCCGCAGCCGGUGGCCGAGAGACACCGCGGAGCGACGGGAACAGCUGAGCGGCGAGGGAUCAGAAACGAUAUUCGAAGCAGGAGAACCUCGGGGAUUGCUUUCAAGCCUUUCUUAGACGACUCCGAAGCACGAGAUUUUCUGACUGGCUGGGGAUCUCUCAACUUUCAGCGUCACGAAUCGCACGAACCGCCAUAAUCGCGUCAAGAGCUGCUGGGUGGCAGAAGGGAGGAGGGAAUCCAUACCAAUCGGAGUGGGGGAACUUUUGAGGCACCACAAAGGCGGAGGGCGGGGGAUUCGAGCCGCGAUGGGGGAGAUGGGGGAGGGUGGGGAGAGGUGGCGUGAGGCGGCGGGGGAAAGGGAGAGCGGAGGGGCAGCGGACGGGGAGGGGAGUUGUAGCAGGGGAAGCGGAGUGAAGUUUCCUGCGCGGUCAAGACAGUUCAGCGCGGAUAUUGAAGGCGUGCCCACCACCUUCCUCUGCCUCUCAUACGACGACAGGCUCAUGGUGGUUGUGACACAAAUAGGCACACUCGGCACCAUGCUGUAUGCAAGGCGGGAGCAAGUGGGGGGGGCGGAAGGGAGGGGGCAGAUGGGAGGGAUGGAAGGGAGCUCAGUGUUCAAUGUGUCGGUGCUGCUGGGGAAGAGAGACGAGCCGCUUAUGGCAGCGUGUGCGAGACAGCUCAUAGAAACACUCAGCCUGCAGGGAGUGACCCGCCCGCUGCUGCUGUGCCUGGGACUCAAAGACCACUCGCAGAAAACGCUGAAAGCCAUUCUCCAGUGCGUGGUUAGCUCUCGAUUAUGGGCUCAACCUAGCUCAGCAUAAUAAGCGAUUGCAGACACAAGUGGGCACAUUAGUUGUCAAACAUAUGUGUGUAUGUUUAGUAGACUACAUCGGGUCAUGCCAUAAAGAGUACAACCCAUUAGCUAUAUACCCCUGUAUACUCUCAUUCUACUUCAUAAUUCUAACUCUGAGAUGGUCUCAUGAGUAAGUUAGGUCCCCCCCGCCCACCUGCGCUUCCGCCUUAGGUCCUAGCCUGCCCCGUCUCUUAAAGCCCGUGGCUAAAAUAGCAGACCCUGAUGCCACUUGAAUUUUGAGGUGCUGAAUAUUGGUUAAGUAUAG